UAGUAAUGUGAGCUUUUAAUUUAUACUCUCUCUCUCCAUCUUUCUCAGAUUGAAUUACUGUUCACCUGCUGUGUUUCCAAUGGAAUUUCUUGCAUGUUUUAACUUAUGGUGGAAGCCGCCUCAGUCUGUCUUGAAAAGAUUCCUUUGUUCGUUAGAAUCAGGAUUCCAAUAGGAAAAUUUUCUGGAGUGUGUGUGUGGGCAGCUCCUGAGGAUGGCAAGCAAAGGACCUGCAACUUCUACAUCGACGGAGAACUCCAGUACUGGAGGUACCAGUGGCAGCAGCAGCAACGGUGCUGGGGACAGUACUAAUCAGGACAGCACUUUCGAAUGUAACAUCUGCUUAGACACUGCCAAGGAUGCAGUUAUCAGCCUGUGUGGACAUCUCUUCUGCUGGCCUUGUUUACAUCAGUGGCUUGAGACCAGGCCAAACAGGCAAGUGUGUCCUGUUUGCAAAGCAGGAAUCAGUCGAGAUAAAGUUAUUCCUCUGUAUGGAAGAGGCAGCACUGGGCAACAGGACCCCAGAGAGAAAACUCCACCCCGACCCCAAGGGCAGAGGCCUGAACCAGAGAACAGAGGGGGAUUCCAGGGCUUUGGGUUUGGUGACGGUGGCUUCCAAAUGUCAUUCGGAAUUGGGGCCUUUCCCUUUGGUAUAUUCGCCACAGCAUUCAACAUAAAUGAUGGGCGACCUCCUCCAGCUGUUCCAGGGACUCCUCAGUAUGUGGAUGAGCAGUUCCUAUCCCGCCUCUUCCUGUUUGUGGCUCUGGUGAUAAUGUUCUGGCUGUUGAUUGCAUAAAUCUCUUCCAUUAUUCCGUAUAUUCCUGGCCAGCAAGGCCUCUGAAACAGUUACAAACUGCAUCCCCUUCCCAUUUUAAACCUCUUGGUGUCUGGUUCCAUAGUUAAUCACAGGUUCCAGAAAUUGGUGGUACCACAGCACAAUGAGGAAUCUCGCGUUUUGCACCCGAGUUGGAAAUUAAACGUUGGUUUGAAAGCGUAUUUCAGCUCAGCUAUCUUGUACGACGGGUUCCUGCCACAAACCAUGGGCCUAGUUUUGAGCUCCACUUCUCAAAGGAGUGCUGCUGUGCAGUCAUGUGCCAAUCAGUUACAACAGGUUCCUGUGAAAGACAGUUGCCCCAAGGUAGACUGGGCAGGUAAGCAAAGUUCUGCAGUGUGAUCAGUAUCUCGUGUUGGCAGCCACAAUGGAUCAGCUGGAUUUGUGGAUGUUGGUUAAUGUCCUCGCAUCAACAUCCAGCUUUCUUCAGGAAGCCACCUGCAGCACCGCGGAGAUUCCUCGGGCGUGACUUGUGAUGCAAAUGGAACUAACUUUGGAGACUCGUUUCUUUUCUUGCUGUUAUUUGAUGGAUUGAUGGAAAAAUCCCUGCUGAAGUGGUUCCAGUGGCUGUUGUAAGAAAGGAUACAAAUUUAUGCUGCAUUUUCUAAAAGCCUGAAUUUGUUGGAGCCAGACACUGGAAGAUGCUCUCCUCGUGGAGCUGAUGGGGCUGCUGAACAGUACGACACACCUGUCCGCCUCAGCCAGCUCGGCUCCCCACUGACAAAACAGUGUUGUCUUCCUUGGUUCUACACGGCAGUCUGUGCCUGCGCUCAUGGAUAAUCCCCUCACAACCUUGUUGCUGUAGCUACGUUUCUUUUCCUCAAGGCUGUGAGACACUAAGCAAGAUCAUGUACUCUAAAUAAAAUCCUAUUAACA